AUGUCAUGCUCAGAUGUGUUAAAAAAAUACUCUGAAUGGUUGGAAAAGGAAGUGGAAAAUGGUAAUAUAUCUUUAUAUAAAUAUUCACUGUUCAAAAAUAUUAAAUAUAUUAGAAAAGGAGGGUUUGGAUUUAUUAGUUCUGCUGACUAUUACGGGGGAAAAGUUGCAUUGAAAAGCAUUAACACUAAAGAAGCAACUAGAGAUUUUGUUAACGAGAUUCUCAAUAAAAUAUCAGAAGAAACAAAAAUUGAAGAAUUCAUUAUAAAUCGUAAUCAAAGACCUAUUCCUACUUUAACUGGGAGCGGAGCAUCUUCAUUAUUUUCUGUGGGACAAAAUAUACAGAUAAUAAAUGAUCCUAAUUUAAAGAAAUCUUCUCAAAACCAAGAUGAUCGUUAUGAAGAAUCACUUUCUGAUUUAAGUAAAUCAGUAGAGCUUGAUUCCAAUAACUCGAUUACACUAUUAUCUCGAGGAAAAUCUUAUUUCAUGUUAGAAAAAUAUAACGAAUCUAUUAAAAGCUUAACAGAGUUAUUAGACUUUGAUCCAGAAAAUGUUGAUGCAUUAAAUACUCGAGCAAAAGCAUAUUGUAAACUUGCAUAUUAUGAACUUUGCGAAUUUAAAAAUUCACUUAAAGACUUAAAUGAAGCAUUAAAUAUUGAUCCAAACGAUGAAGAGUCCCUAAGAUGUCGAGAACAAGUUCAAUUAAAGAUUUCAAAUAAUCCAUUGUGCUAA